CCAGAUCAGGCAUGGCUCUGUGUCCAGGGGCGAGUCUGGCCCCCCUUGAAGACUCAGAUAUGACACCCAGUCUCAACUCCACUCCACCCAGUCCUCAACUCCCAGGUUUAGCCUCCGGCCCCAUCUCUGGGCCCAACCCGGACGUGGACCUUGCUCCUAUCUUGAAUCCACCCCUGAGUCCUGGCUUGGCUCUCGUUCCAGACCUUAAUCCAACUCUAAGUCCUGUCUCAGAGGAGACCCCUGGCCUGGGGUCUGAUGACACCCCCAGACCUGAUGAGAGCUGGGAUGUGGCUCCAGCCUCCCUCCAGAUCACCGCUGCCCACUCUGGCGAAGACCCGGGUCUGGAUGCCAAUCAGGUCUCGAGGCCUCACUCCCAGGGGGCCCUAUGUGCAGCCUCAAACCUCCUCCUGAGCCCUGGCUCUACAGAGGCCAAGGGUCUGAGCUCAGGGAACCACUCUGGGCCAAAUUCUGAGGUGGCUUUCAACUCAGAAGGCAAACACUUUGAUUUGGGUCAGAGUAACUCCAACCCUUCCAGGCCUGAAUCCAACCCACUUAAAAGGCCUUAUUCAAAAGAAGACCUUGUUCUGGGCCACAGCAUCUCCAGGCCAGGCUCAAAAGCGCUCCUUAUUCCAGCCUCAAACGCUUCUUUGGAUCCUGACUCCCAUCAGCUGCUCAGCGUGGGCUCAAGAGACAUCUCCAAGGUGGACCCGAUUGCAGCUGCAAGUUCUCACGGGUCCCUAAUCCCAGACACAAAGGAGACCGUCACUUUGGUUUCACAGGACCUCUCUGGGUCCAUUUCAAAGAGAGCCUUAGCUGCAGCCUGGAACACGAGUUCGAAGGGAACCAUCAGCGGGGCUGCAAACGGCAAUCCCAGGUCUGACUUGAACAUGACUGUCACUCAGGCUUCAUGCUUGACCCUGGUUCCUGGUUCCAAUGAUGCGAUCAGCCUGCACUCCAGCACCCACGGACCCAACUCCACCCUUUCUCCACCCUCGUGCAUGACCCUGAUCCUGGGCUCCAAUGAGACUCUGAGCUUGGGCUCCAGUCUCAUCUUCAGUGACACCUCCACCCUGACACUGAGCAGCCAGCAGGACUGUUCUGAGGACAACAGCCUCCACACGGUGCCCCUGGCGGAGGAGCUGGAGAGCUGGAGCGAGAUGCCUAGUGUCGGGAUGGGCCACUCCGCACUGGGGUUUCCCACCUGCGACACCACAAACAAGGACUCCACGGCCUUCCAGAGCAUCCCUCAGGGCACCUUCGAAGAAGUAGACUCGUGCCUGGUGAAGGUGCCAGAGCAGAGAGCAGAUGGCAGCAAAGUGGCUCUGAAUGUCAUCAGCCUCCGGAGGAACCAGGAUGUGCUGGAUGGGGAAGAAGGGAAGAAGACGACGAUCAAGAAGAUGAUGAGGCAGAUCCAGGAGGAGCCUCUGGACUCCCUCUCGAGCUCCAUCCGCCAGCAGGCCAUGGAGACCCUGACCCAGCUGAGUCUUUCCCAGCCGGUCCUGGGCCUGCGGGAGCGGUCGGAGCUGGUGAACACGUGCGUGAAGAGUGUCUUCUCCCUGCCCUCUGUGCAGGCCAUGCAGGAGAAGGACGAGGCGAAGGCUGAGGCCAUACAGACACUUUACCAUCAGACCUUGGAUGCCCUGCAGACACUGCUCAACGCCCUCUUUGUUGAGGAUCCCACUCCUGCUGGGCUGAAGAGCAUCUUGGAGCCUCUGGGGCCCUGGAUGAACUCCGGGAAGGCCCAUGAGAGAGCACGGGCUGUGAAAAUCAAUGUCUCUGUGUUGAACCACACGCUUCUGACCCUGCCUUUCUUUAUGUCCUCGGGGUUCCCGGCGCUGGGGCUUCUGCUGGGGAGGCUCAUCCUUCGCAUCGGGGAUCCUGAUGAGGAGAUUGGCCGGGAGGCUCUGGACGGCAUCACCAUCCUUUACACCAUCUUGGAGCUUCAGAAACGAGCCAGAGAUAAGGAAGAGACCAAUAAGAAGGAGCUGUAUGAGAGCAACAAGCGUUUCCUGGGGCCCUACAACCCCGUCAGCCCAUGCCAGAACAUUCUGCGUGUGAUCGCGGAAUAUGGAGACUUCCUGGGACCCCAGCAGGUAAAGGACCUGCUGCUAGCAGCCCUGGAAGGGCUGAAAGGCGGCUCAGAGGCUCGGGGGAAGGACUCGGGGGAGAUGAUGCAGCUGGCAUCGGAGAUCACGCUCACCUCGGUGCUGGAGUGGUACCGCCACAGGGCGCUGGAGGUGAUCCCAGAAAUCAUGCAGGGCAUCUAUGCGUAUCUGAGCCACAUCCAGGAGCCACGGGCCCGUGAGGUGGCCCUGCUGCCCAUCUCUCUCCUGGCCAGCUCCUUCAUGACCGAGGUCGUCGUGGCCCUGCUCAUGUGCCCCCUCCCGCUGGACAGCAAUGGAGCAGAGAUGUGGAGGCAGCUGAUACUGCGCAAGCCCAGCUGUGACGUCCAAGAUCUCUUGGAUCUGCUCCUGACCAGCCUGAAGGAGAAACCCGUCACCAAGAAGGGCCGGGCCUCCAUCGUGCCCCUGGCGGCAGCCAGCGGCUUGUGUGAGCUCCUGUCCGUCAACAGCUGCAUGGGCCGAGUGAGGCGCAUCUACCCGCAGCUGCUCCUGGCCCUGCUCAUUCAGGUCCAUUACCACAUCGGCCUCAACCUGCCCGGCCAAGUGGCUUCCCACAAGGACCCUAAGAAGGAUGCUCAGCCCUCCGGCUUUGUGCCUGUACGCUGGGUGGUCAAAGUGGUGAAAACCCUGCUGCUGAAGAUGGGCUGCUCAUAUGAGGCGACCUUUCUGGAGGACCAGGGCGGCUGGGAGCUCAUGGGGCAGGCGGAGAACCACCACCGUGGAGUGUCCCUGCUGGCCAGGGCCAUGGUGCACUACUCCUGCCAGGAGCUCUGCCGCAUCCUCUACCUGCUCAUUCCGCUCCUGGAGCGUGGCGACGAGAAGCACAAGAUCACAGCCACCGCCUUCUUCGUGGAGCUCCUCCAGAUGGAGCAGGUGCGGCGGAUCCCUGAGGAAUACUCUCUGGGACGGAUGGCAGAAGGCCUGGGCCACCGGGACCCCAUCAUGAAGGUGCUGUCCAUCCGAGGACUGGUCAUCCUGGCCCGCAGGACUGAGAAGACUGCCAAGGUGCAGGCCCUCCUGCCCUCCAUGGUGAAGGGUCUGAAGAGUGUGGACGGGCUGCUGGUGGUGGAGGCGGUCCACAGCCUCAAGACCCUCUUCAAGGGGCAGGACCGGAAGCUGACGGAUAGCUCGGUCUACGUGGAGAUGCUGCAGGUCCUGCUGCCACACUUCAGUGAUUCACGAGAGGACGUGCGCUCUUCCUGCAUCAACAUGUAUGGCAAGGUGGUCCAGAAGCUGCGGUCACCCCGCACCUCGGCCGUGGAGGAGCAGCUGGUCAGCACCUUGGUGCCCCUGCUGUUGACCAUGCAAGAGGGCAACGCCAAGGUGAGCCAGAAAUGCGUGAAGACCCUGUUCCGCUGUUCUUGCCUCAUGGCUUGGGAAUUGCCAAAAAGAGCUUACAGCCGGAAGCCAUGGGACUACCAGCAGCAGACGGUGGCCAAAAUUUGCAAAUACCUUGUGGACACCCAUCGAGACAGCGCCUUCACCUUCCUCAGCCAGAGCCUGGAGUUCGCCAAGAGUUCCCGGGCCUCCCUCCGGAAGACCUCAGUCAUGUUCAUAGGGUCCCUGGUCCCCUGCAUGGAGAGUAUCAUGACAGAAGAUCAUCAGAAUGAAGUUAAAGCUGCUCUAGAAAACUUGAGACACGACCCAGAAGCAUCGGUGUGCAUCCACGCAGCCCAGGCCCAGGAAAAUAUCCUGGCCAGCUGCUGGCGGAACUCCUGGCCAUUGCCACAUGGGGACUCGUGGGUGUGUGACCCGGCCACCACACACCGCUGGAGCCCUGGCUGUGAGAAUCUGCCCACUUCCCACCAGCGGCGGUCCUGGAUCAUGCAGGCACUGAGCUCCUGGAAGAUGUCCAUGAAGCAGUGAGGUUCCUGCACCCCCAGCCCUUCUCGGGGGUGGCCACAGCCCCAGUCGUGCUCAUAAAUGCCACGUGGCUUGCCUCUC